CCUGUUGGAUCAAUAAAGUACCUACCCCCUUUAGAAUCACUCUAAAGCAGGAGACUAUUCGCUACUGCAAUGAAUAAAAUCAAUGCAGGAAGAAAUAAAAAUCCUUAAGGCUUUCAGUGUAGCAGCAGGUCCAGAAAAUAAAGAUGUGCAGUUAUAUUCCGAUCCAAAAAGAUUGCCUAUUAAAGAUAGGCCUAUCUGUCAUACCGCCCCAACCAGUGUCAGUGAUUUAUGAACUGCAUUUCCCAGAAUGCACUGAGAAGUGUUACAGGUUAUCUUCACAUGUGUGGUUCUUCACGGGAAGUGCAGCCGUGUUUAACAACAACAAAAAAAAUCCGAACCUUCAAACAAAUAUUGCGUAGUAUUUGUUAUCUCCCACACAAACCGAUGAGCGUGGGUCGCCGGCCAGAGUUCACCUAGUGUGUAUGAGUGACAGCGACAGCGACGCCGCCGCUGAGCGGGUCAAUAAUCCUGCUGGAGAGAGUCAUCCUGUGCUGCUGGACUGCUGCGGAGGACUCAGCAACGUGGAUUACUCGAAGAUGGACUUGAAACCGAUGGAAGAACUCCUUAAACUCAUCAACUUUCAUGAUCCAAGCUUUCGCAUUGCUGUAAUUGCUAUCAUUUUCAACCCUCUCUUCUGGAAUGUGGUGGCAAGAUGGGAGCACAGUACGCGGAGUCUCUCCAGGCUCUUUGGAAGCCCUUACCUGGCCUGUUACUGCCUGGGCUUCAUCAUCAUUCUGCUUAACAUCUACCGAAGCCACAGUAUGACAAUGGCAAUGAAGGCCCAAGCCAGGUGGGAGGUGAUGGACAGGACAGGUGUCUUCUAUGCUGGGGUAACUCUCAUGGUGCUGGGGACUCUACUGGUGGUCAGCAGCUUCCUUGCUCUGGGAUUCACUGGAACCUUCCUAGGUGAUUACUUUGGCAUCCUGAUGGAUGAGAAGGUGACAGGCUUUCCCUUCAACAUCAUAAAGAACCCGAUGUACUGGGGCAGCACUGCCAACUACCUUGGCUUGGCGCUCAUUGGCGCCAGUCCUGUUGGCCUUGUUCUGACUGCCAUAGUAGGAGUGGCUUACAAGGUGGCAUUAAGAUUUGAAGGACCGUUCACGGAACAGAUCUAUCAAGAAAGGAGUCGGCAUCACAAGCAUGAAUAAUCGCCUCCCUCCCAAAUGGCUGAGGAUUCCCAUCCGGUCACGUGGACACACAGACUUCCCAGUUGUUUUAUGUUCCUCUAAUGAAUGUGAAAGCUACAUGGAGCCAUUUUUAUAAUGUAUUUCUGGACCAGGUGGUUAUGGCAUUCGUUAUUAAGUUGUGGAGACCUGGUAAAGGUAAUGGUUUGUAUUGUGAGAAUCGGUCUAAUUUGCUUUCUUGAAGAGAUUUAGAUGAGAAUAUUGAUGCCACUCUGAUGCUUAUAGCUCCUUUUACACUGUCCGUUCAAGGUGGGAUUAUUGCACCACUUUUCCACCAUGCUGUUCUGUAUAGAAGGUACCAAGCUGGCAUAAGGGAUCAAUAUUGGCCCUCUUUUAUUCUUCCAUGAGGGGUAGUAAAAUUGGUGCAUCUGUUCUGCCUUGGCCUCUGUGUCCCUCCUCUGUUGAUCCACCAUUGUUGGUUUGAAAGCAAAAGUGUUUGUAUUCCUGAUGUGUGUGUUAUAUGUCACACUGGAUGUCAAGUUAAACAUCACGCCUCUAUUAACAGGAUGUGGGUAUCUGUAAAAACAACCCAGGGGUGGCAUUAUGCCAGAUUUUUAUAGUUCUUUGUAAAUAGGCAAAGCUGCAAUAAAGACAGGCCAUCUUAACACCUAUAUCAUGAAUCUCUCUAAAAGAUGCAUGUGAGUGUAGUAUGGCAUUAGAGCCAGGAGGUAAUUAGCGUAACUUAACAUACAGUAAAUGUUGUAAAUGGGUGGUAAUGACUUGUCCUGGUCUCUCCAAAAUUCUAAAAUACACCUACCAACACUUCUAAAGCUCAAUAAUUAAUAUGUUGUAUCUCUUUUUUUUUUAUCUGGACAAAAACAGAAAGGUGAAAGCGUCAUUUUAUGGUUUUACAGGGGCUUAUGUUCUGUUUUCUGGCUAACAAUAGCCAGACUUCUAGGAGGUAGUCAGCAUCAUGCAGUUAACUAGCGCCUAGCACAGACACUGUGCAGAACCGCUGGACAAAUGGAUAAACUAGUGUUGUAGUACUGGAGUCCAACUCGAGUCCAGCUUUUCAGGACUCGUGACACAACUUGCACUUGAGCACACAUGUCUCGGACUUGAACUCAGACUUGAGCGUUGACCGCAUUCAAACUUGGGAGUUGGAAAGGAGGACUUGGAAUUUGUUUUUUGUAAUAUGCUAUAAUACUUUGGCCUAAGAUAUUGAUAUUAAAACAUGUUGCUGCGCCAUGCUGUAUCCACUUCCAUCAAACUGUACACUCUACCGUAUCAAAUUGCUGAGCAAUAUGGUGAUGCAAUACUGUUAGAACAUUUUGAAUAUAAAAUGGUGAGAGCUGUGUCAGUUGUGUUUAACAUAGAUCUCUGAUGACUGACUCACCUUGGGGUCAACUCAGAUCGUACUCGGGGUUUGGUGACUUGACUACAACACUGGGAUAAACUGUUGUUCAUCAAUAAACAGUUAAAUAGUUAGAGCUUCCACUCUUUAUGUUAAGCCCGGCUAACCACCUCCCAGCUUUGGCUCCAUACUUGAUACGCAGAUAUGAGAGUGGUUUCAGUAUUCUCACUUAACUCUGUGAAAAGGACAAUAACUGUAACUAUUAUAAAUAGUUUGUGCUCACAUAUUGUAUUACUGUAUAUUAAUGACCCAGUGAGGUUAAAGACUUGUGUGAUGUUGAUAUUGUUCCAGAUUAAUCCUGGUGUUUGUGUGUUACUUUCUACUUUGUAUUUCUUUGUGAACACAAAUGUCAUUUUGACUGAUCAUAUAUCUCAGUUUCACUAUUUACUAACUUCCCAAAUAAUCAAAAAAUCCUCGUUUUUAUAUACACAGUUCCUACACAGUGAAUACAUUUACUGGCUGCUUUGUGUUAGAUUUGAACUGUUUGUCUGCUGUGAUCAUUCUGGAUCAGCUAGUGUGAAAAAAGCCACAUAGUGUUCUUCAAAGCAGAACAAAAAAGAAUUAAGGGCCAUGUAGACCUCAGCUCAGCAGUUCUGUUCACAGAAAAAAAUCAAUUAGGUUUUUAUUCUACAAAACAAAUUCAUGUGAGAUAGCCUUCAGCACUGCCGUUCUCCUUGUAACCACUGAAUUCAUUACUCGGUGUUAUAUGCAGUCCAGAUCGUUGCGCAUUUUUUGUCCUUCAGGCUCUGUGCUUCAGCAUUCGGUUUUAAUGCACAGUGCCCAAGGUUCAAGAGUAAUUGGACACUUGGUCAGCUGUGAGGCUUUUUUUUCAACAUUACUUCAUACAAAAGAAGGCACACAUGUGGCCUAGAGUUGAUUGAGAGUUGCCACUUGCUGUAGAUUGAGCUGGAGCUAUCUGUCAGUAUGAGAAGGGAUUAUGACUGCACAGUAAGGAGUGGUGGAGCAUCACCACGGAGGAAAGUAUCUGUGGUUCUGUGGAUCUAUAAACAAUCACUGACUGCAAAGGAUUUUUGCAUAAAAAUAUUUGUCCAAAUGCAUAAACAAUGCGUAACACAAAAACCGUGCGUACGACCUUUCCCACGCAUAAACAAGCAUGUACAGUAUACACACAGAAACUUUAGACCAUGCACGGUUUGAGUAGGUGCAAUAUGGUCAUGUGGGACUGAAAAUUAAUUGAGGCAGCCAAUUUUACACAGCUUGCAUAAUUUUUUAGCUUUUUACAUAUACUUCAGUUCAUAAAUUGAAUUUUUAAACAGCGUUUAUGUUGGUCUGGGGAAUUUUCUAUUUCAUUUGCCUUAAUAGCCUUAAUUUUCUUGCUUUUCCUUUUAGACUUUCUGUAAAUUGCUGAUAUUACUGUCAUUAAUUCAGUUUCAUUUAAUGAUGACUGAGACACCACUUACUGUAACAAUAAGCAUUUAUUUACACGUGAUUAAAUUACAACAAAAAGCUGUAGCUGUGCGUAAUGGUCGUGCAUAGGGAUGGCUGUUCUGGUGUUACUGGGGGAUCUUGACAAUACCCUUAUAAGACGUUCAUCUGCUGUAGAUAAUGCAGGGGGUGCCGGUUCUUCUCUAGUUGUUCUCUUGCUCGCUCACAGUCAUUGAAAUUGCGAGUCUUCAUUGGAAGCUACACAGUUUUAUGCACCUGGCCCCAGAUCUUUGGGCUCUGUGAUAAAUGGACCAAUGGCAGUCGUUCUCAACCAGAGCGCUAUCCAGUGGGCCAGGAUUAAAAUUAAAAUAAAAUAUUAAGAUAAAUUCUGAUUCCUAGUGGCAGGGAGUGACGCUAGGCCGAAAGCACGGUGUGUUGAAUAUAGUGAAAUCCAUGAGGCAUUAACACCAACAACGCGCAAUGACACGGUGUUACUUUCUCAAAGAGCUGUUGUUUUGCAAAGAGUUUCACGCGAGAACAACAGCAGGUUACGCCUAGCCUUGAUGAUUACGUCACUGAAAAAGGUCUUGAUUGGAAAAUACUGUACAGGUGUUUGCACAGAUGGCACAGCAUCAGGAACAUGCUGUAGUGUUGCCACACAGUUUAAGAGAGAGCACGACACGCCAAAUGGACGCACUCUUUCUUACAUAUGGGAAGUCGGGAAAACAAUGCACUCACUUCAAGGUGUUUUGCAGCUUUUGCACCACAGUGCAACAAGGCGGCUUUCCACAGAGCCUGUGCGUAUUAAUGGCCUUUCUGGACUAACAAAAAUGCACACAUUUCUGCCCUCUUGCUGAGCAUUACACUGGUGGUAACAUUUGUUUGCAGUUUAGUCAGCUCCAUGUAUCAAUGCAAGGCAGAAACAGCACAGUGUUUUUGGUUUCAGAAAAAAGUCUGAGAGCUUUGGAACAGAAGAGUCAAAGCAGGAUGUUUUCACUCCUGAAAUGCUGGAAGAAGCUCCGCAUGUCAACAAAUCCAGUGCUAAACAUGGCAGACUACUACUCAGAGGACCCAUGACAUGGAAACCUUUAGAUUUUGGACCCUUUUGUGUUUCAGAGCACAUGGCUCUGUCCACUGUGUUGGAAAAUGAACUGACAGCAGUACACAGCCUGAAGGUUUCACUCAAAACAGGUGACCUUGCUUCUUUCUGGCUACUGACUGUCUUUCAAUGUCCCUCUCUGCCACAACAGGCAAAUACAUUUCUUUAGCCUUUCGCCACCACCUGCAAGUCAGGGUUUUCCACUGUGGCUGUCACAAACCCAAAGGCAGGGAACAAACUGAACUUUAAAUGCUACUCUGCGUGUCACCUUCUCGCCCAUCUCACCAUGACCUCAUCAUUUCACAGAAGUCAUGAACUGCCCUGUGAAUGAUGCUCUGCUUCCUGAUUGCAUCUGCAUACUGAAGUGUAUUUCUAAGGGAGUAAGGCCGACUGUAGAGGUGGAGAAAUCUGACCUUCAACACGU